CCAAGAUACACCAAACAAGUGUUUGCUUUAGCUUGUGUUGGUUAGCAGUAGUUUGCUAGCAGCUAGGCUAGCUUUAGACACUGCCAGCACAUCAGUGGCUAUGGCUUUUGGGUUUUGCAUUAGUGUGACAUUGCUCCUGUCUGUGUGGGCAACUGCAAAAUGUGAUCAAAUUCCCGAUGAAGUUCUUCAUAUGGAGUGUCGUGAUCGUUACUUCAUGAUAGCUGUUGAUCUCUCGUUCACUGGGAAUUCACCUCAUUUUGAAGCUGUUGAUGGGACAGGUGUGUACGCCAUCACGAAGGAGUAUGCAGCUCAGUGUGGCUACACCGUCAGUGUCCUCCCUCUCGCGGGCCAUGUGGAGCUCCGAGCCUCUUACUUCAGCUGUCACGCUGACAACAAAGAUGAUGAAGUGUUCACAUUCAACUUCAACCUGGUUACGACAAAUGAAGGAAAUGAGGUCACCUAUGCUUUGAAAAAGACCUGUUCUCCCUCUCUUCCCUGGUCUCCCAGAGAGGUUACCUGUGAGGCCAACUACAUGGAGGUGUCUGUGAGGAGUGAUGUGGCCUGUCCAAGUGGGACAAAGAAGGAUGACUGGGAUGCUGUGGUCCAAACAGCUUAUACCUCAGCCGCCUCAGACUGGCAGGUGAUGUUCCAGAGGAUGGAUCAGGAGCUGACGCCCAUGAGCCUGACUGAUGCUCAAGAGCAGGGGUAUGCGUUUGACUUGACGGAUGGGAGGCUGGUAUUUCGAGCUCCGUAUGGACAACCUGACUCAUUCAGCACUGAGGUGAAUGGUGUUCCAGUAGAGGUGGUCCAUGCAACUCUGUUCUCCAGACAAAACUGGGUCGUCCUCAUGGUCGACCUGGAGGCUGCUUGCUCCAAGCAUGAAGGCUCAUAUGAUGACAGCGGCUACAUGACAUGGGAGACUCCAGAUGAACUGUACCCGAGUCUGGGCGAUGUGCAACUCAACCUUGGUCUCAAUGGUGAACUUGUGGAGCAGCCAGUUGCAGAGGAGAGAGGCUUCAUUGUGGAGAAGCACAACACCACAGUACAGAUCAACAUCCCCUAUAAUGCUGAUGGAGGAUACAGGAAGAGCUUGGUGUCUGACGGCCUCCACGAGUUCUACAUCUUUCAUCUCUACUUGGAGCAAAUCUCUGUGGACGAGGAUCAUGUAGACACCAGACUUCGUUUCCACAGGACACUGGCUACUCCCCUGCUGCCACGCCCGGUUUUCACUGAAAACAUUCCACUCAUGACAACACGAGCAGCCACACCAUCACAGAAGGUUGUUCAUCCCAACACACUCAUGGCUACACCUCUGCAGAGUGCUUUUGAUGACCCGAUCAUUGAAGAGCAGUUCUCUAAAGCAGAGUGCAGUGUUCUUCAGUAUAAGCUGGUCAUCAACGUCACACUGACUCUUCAGACUGGACCACCGGCUUUGUUGAACUACCUGUGGAGGGAGAUCCACUAUCGGACUCAAGACCCGCUGACAUCAGACGCUGGCGGCCCAGCACGGCUAUAUCAUGUGCAACGACACCUCCGCCAGAGUCUUGCUGCUCGACGUGCCGCUCUUCAUCAUGGCUAUGAGUACACAAGAUGA